GCACAGACCUGUAUAUGCCACCACCAUAUCUCAUAUCACAGCAACCACUCUUACGGUUACUAUGCCAUCUAGAUCCUCGAAUCCUCCCUUCCUUCCACGUUCUUCUCGACCUCUCAGAAAAUUCUCAUUCUCGACCUGUUCUUCAUUCAGCUCUCAGAAGGACGUGUGGGAUUCCAGGAUUCCAAGUGAGACUGUAACCUACGCCGGCAUCCAAAAGAACGAAUCAAGACAUAGACACAGCAGCCAGGCUGUAUUUGACUUUCAGAAACAGCAAGCGGUUGACUCUGUGGCUCAUUUUCACACGGCUGAGAGAGCCGAGCUCGCCGCCUCACAACGCCACCAACGCCUGAUAAAUAACGAGGAGGCGUCACGCAUUUCUCAAGCCCAAACUCAGACUGACGAAGUUGCGACACUCGCAGCACCUCAGGGGGUGGAUGCAUGGUCCAUCCCCUUGGAUCAAUCAAGGAGGCAGACAGCCAUCUUCAUCGGGCCCGUGGUAGAAGCGCCUUCGAAGGCACCCGGUCGAGAAUCUGGCCCAGCGGCAGGAACAUAUCUGCGAGUUUCGAGUGCCUACGUGGAUAUGCAUCGACCCCUCCAUAAGGAAGACUAUUUGAUUGCUCGAGGAGCCAAUCCGCGGACCGGCGUGGUGACUCCAGGCUCCCAUAGUGCUAGCAGUUCUGUCGACGGCAAAUCUCCAGUUCCUCAUGGUCGAUGGCGACAAAGAGGGGAUGAAUGGAUCAGUUCUGAUUUCGAGCAGGAGACGCCUCCCCCGAAACAGCGCAAAGAGAGGCUCUCACCACCACAUCAGCGACUGAGAUUGCCCCCGAAACUGGUGGCACGUGAGCGUGGCUCUUCUGUUGGCGAACUCAGUGCCCCGAUCAAGCCGCUUGGACAGAAUUCACGGUCGAGCAAUGGAGAUACAUUUGCUUUCUACAGGCAUGUCAGGGAGUCCGAGAUGCAUCGGGAAGUCCCCAUAAGGACAAUAAGUCCACAGAUGCGGCAAAAGCAGUCGCCUGGAGAGCCGGGUGUUCGGAGAAAACCAGUAGGAACACCACCGAAGGGCAAACGGGACGGUGCAAAAUCAGAUUCGCCUGCAAUCGAUGAAAGCGAUGACACCGUGCUACGACCUCCAAAACUUGAAACCGAUCUCAGAUCUUCCUCUGCACCCGUACCUGCACCCUUGCGCAACUUCGGGCCUUGCAAUGUUGACAAAGAUCUCCCGACUUUACCAGGAGACACACCACGUUCCCCGUCACAAGAAUAUCGGACUAUAGCAACGCAGAACCCUUUUUUAGGCGGAGAAGAAAAGGAGACAGCAAGAGAGUUUCCAGAUCCCACGAGCCAAGGAAGCACUGGCCGUGCUAUAGCUCAGAAAGAUCUACCAUGUCUGCCGAUGAACAAUGGCCCGUCCCGGUUGCGACAGGCUUCAACACCUAUGGAAUUGGGUACGGUAAGGGACAAUCUAGUCAGCUCGAAGAAUGUCAUGAGCCCACCAGCAGAAAGUCCUCGAGGCCCGAGAGGGGGAAACCCAGCGUAUCCAUUCACACGACUUGCGCGACAGACUCAUCCACCGCCGCAAACAAGAAAGGGCAACGGCCCCUUGGGUGUAAGGCCGAUGCCAGUACCCAUAUACGACAAUCCGCCAAAGCAACAUUCGCCAACUAUGACGAGACCAAUGUUGGUGAGAACAGAAGGUCCGAGGUCGAUGCCACCAACAGCGAUGCGGAUGCCGAACAGGAGCAGGGACGACCACGACCUCUUAUCGAAUACCACUUCCACUCUCACAAGCACUACUAUCAGCCGGCCUGGUCUUCCCAGGCAGCUAAUGGUGGGACCAAGACCUUCGAUGCCAGAUCCUCGGAUGACGAAUACUGGCCGCCCUCGAGUGCCGAAAAGGCCAGCUCCACCAGACACACCCGGCAUUUUCAUGAACACCGGUAUGAAUAUGAGUAGCGAUUCGAUCAUGCCGAUGCUGCUGCCCAGAGUCAGGCCAAGAGGUAUGUCCCGUCCAACAAUGCCCGUCCGAGACCAAAAUAUGCACGAUGUUCCGAAGAUGAUGCCCGUGCACAAACACUCAAACCUGACAUCGAUGGGACCUGUGCCUUUGUGGGGAGAAACAGAAUGGGAAGGGAGCGUGUCAACAAGAAGCCCCUUGGACCCAGAACGAAGCCUGGUUCCGCCACCCUUACGGCCACGAGUCCAGUCAGGUCAAGAGCAUUCGACGGGGACAGAUAUACACAAAGAAGGAGAGAAUACAAAAGUGAACCGCCCUGGUCUGACGAGGAAAUGCAGCCGCUGUCACAACGGCUUCGUAGACGUCAAGCGUCCCGGUCUCGGUGGUGUCAUCCAUACGUCCGGCCACCAAAAGAACGGAGAAAGAGUAGACGAGGGUUCUAAACUGAUUCAUCCAACUGGCAGCCCACUUCCAGGGUUACCGGAGGAGUCUGAUGCUAGCGGAAAUGAGCAUCAACAUGGAGAGAACCAGGAAUGCCAUGACGUCUGUUGUCCCGACUGUUGUAAAGAGCAAGAUGUACAUGGAAGUUGCCUUGGACACCCAAGCCCAAGCUCCAUGGGAAGUCCUGGUAAAACCAUCUGGUCUGAGGCCCAUAGUCCAAGCAGCGCCAGUGAGAGCGAGGGAUGGGAUUAUGGCAAAAAUCAAAAGGGUAAUCGACCUCCGCCUGAGAUCCAUCUGACCGAAGAGAACACAUCUAGUCCGAGGAGAUCAAAACUGCGACCUACAGGGAGGUCCCCUAUUGAACUUUCAGCUCAGCCAAGAACACCUGCGACUCCUUUCAAGAAAGCCGCAAGCUCACGAAAUGAAUUGGUGUCUAAGCAGAAGUCAUCAACGCCAGGUUCACACAAGAGGCAAAGAAGCUGCAGUUCGCCGGUCAUCGGAUCAGCUGGUCCUGUCCGCAAACCGAAUAGUAGCCAGGGUGUAAGGUUAGCCAGCGGCUCUCGCCUCAGAGUCCCGACACCGACAGGGCUUGCGAUCUCGUGUAUUGGCCUUCCGAGAAAUCGAAAUACUAGUGGGACAAGUAUUGGUACAAUUGAAGUACAACUCCCUGGCCUCGGAUCAUUUGGAGGUGGAGCCGUCAGUGACUUAGUCCUGGUGCCAUUCGAGGCGACAAAGAUGUGGAUCAAGAAUCACCCGCAGGCCAUGAAGAUAGGAUGGCAAGCAUUGGAACGUGGUUGGCAAAUGAGUCAGGUCAUGACCACGACUGCUUGGAGACUCUGGGCCCUUGUGUUUGUGUAUUCAAAAACUGGCAAGUUGAAGCUCAAAGUAUCCAAGGGCGAGACUGCAGGGGGAUUCGUGAUUGAUUGUGCAAGGAGUGCGUUAUACUUACUCGUCUUUGCGGCAGUGGGUGUUUUCCUUUUACGGGUUCUGGGGAUCGUGUUGGGACUAUUUGGGAUUGUUGGUUGGUUUGUCAAAACCAUCUUUUGGGUCUUGGGGAAAGUGCUAGGAUCAGGGACAGUGAGGUGAUUCUUGAGAACAGGUAGACGGAGUACGUCGUGGUGGAUGGGUAUUGUUACACUCUGUAUCAUUGUUAUUAUCCACCAUUAGUAGACAGUAUCAGCGUUUAGGUAGAAGAGGUAAUAAGAGGUAAUCAUACUUCAUUACAAUCGCA